AUGGAUACAGUUAUAUUGACAAACAAUCCUUCGAUGAAAAAGGAUAAUUCAUUUCAACUUGUUGUUAAAACUGAAGCAGAAACAGCUGUUGGAAAUUCAAAUGUAGACAUGGCUGGUACAAAUCAGUCUACAACGACGGGCAAUGACGCGGAGAAUAAGUCUCGGAUUUUUUCCGUUAAAACCGGGUUUUCUCAAACACCCUCUGACAUUCGGGGUCAAGGAGAUACAAAAAACCUGUUUCAGAUUUUGUCUACUUCAAAAGCAAAUGCCCAGGAAACAGCAAGCGAGGUCUUUGGGAGUCAAAAAGUGAUUAAAAAAUCUUUGUACACUCAAAUUUCGAGAGAUUCGUCUGGUACAGUAUUUGUCCCGUAUCUAGCAAAGGUGUCUAAGGAGCAAGCUGUUUUGGAAGACAUGAAGAAAAAACUAGCAUGGUCGUUAAUGAGACAACAACAACAAGAUACGAAUGAUCCAAAAUCAUCAUGUGUACCAGGAACCAACAUUGAAUAUAGAACGCCAGGCGCUCAUUACAAGAACAAGAAUGGUAAAAUCAAGCGUCCGAUGAACGCGUUCAUGGUCUGGGCACGUGAUUAUCGUGGUUUCCUUGCCUCUUCUAUGCCUAAUGCAACCAACUCGGAGAUAAGCGUUAAAUUAGGGCAAAUGUGGGCAAAUAUGGCAUUGGAAGAGAAGAAAAAAUAUUACGAUAUAGCAGAAAAAAUAAAGGCCAAACAUAGACAGGAUUAUCCAGAUUGGGUAUAUCAACCAAGCGCCCCGACGAUGAAAAAGAAAGAGGACGGUGUCGUGUACACAAAAACGCCAACACCGCCACCUAAUAUUACGUCUCAAAAUCUGGGUCAGAGUGGACUUGUGCAUGAAAGUUUGGCACCACUAUCCAGUACUGGCAAUAACGCACAAGGUCAAAUUUCUGAAACCUCUGCAGGAAAUGUCGAAUCUUCAAAAAUGCACGAGGUUUUGAAUUUGAGCCAAAAUGCCACCAGUUGUUAUACUGAUACUAACUCACGACCUUUACACGUGGCACGUGUUUCUUACCAAUCCGCGUUUGAAAUUCCCACGGAAAACACAGUCUCCGAUACAACACGUGGUUUGUUGGCAAGUAAAUUAUCGCAUGGGCGUGGAGAAAACGUGUCUCAAACGCAGGAUCGAAGUUACUAUCAGCAACGAGCGCCGUUCAUCAAAAAACAAAAUAUUUCUGGAACACCGGUUCAUCAAAUCAAUUCAUUACAUGACCAAGCCAUUCAUUCCCAGAAUUCACAAUCGACCACGCCGUUUGCAAUCUCGCCUGCUCAGUCGCCAAGGAUUGUAGGUAUUGUUGCCCCGCCUCUUGCUGGGCAACAAACUGUGAGGUUUCGCGCUGUGAGGCCCGGCUUUGCAAACGAUUUGUUUCCAAAUCUAAAACGGAUGCCCCCUCAAUUUAUUCCCAAUGCACCCCAGGUAAGAAACCCAGGUUUACCUGCUACGUUCAAAAUAGUGUCCGAUGCGCCAAAUGCUUUUACUAGAGGGACGCCGGAUAACAAGCAUCAAAAAACUGAUCGUACGCGCGUGCCAUUAGGAAUUCCAAUUGUCGAGACUCAUAUAAGUCCAAUUUCUGUCUCAGCUCGAUCAAACAGCACGAGUUUGUCUUUCCGGAAGUUAUUGACGGAUGUUCCGGUGCAGCAGCGUUCCGAAGAAAAAAGAAUUGUUAAUUGUGAGAAAAAUAGUAUGAUUUCUGAUUCGACACUUAAUACUAGCUAUAGCAUGCAGACAAAGCCUCAAAGCUCCAAAAAUACUGAGUGUGUCAUCCAUGUGGAAAAGGAAACUGUUGUCGACACACACGCAUCUGCCAAAAGUUCGUCUGAUGAUGGCGAUCAUGUCAAAUCGAAAUCUGUGGAAGACUUUUCAAAUGACAUGCAAACGAAGUGUGAUUCUUAUACUGAUGGUCAUCUAAAAUCCACACCAAAAACUGUCAGAGACAAACCGGAAAUAAAUACAACACAAGAAAGCAACGUUAAGCAGACCGCAAUUGUAAGGGAGACUGGCGACAAAGUUAACGUGAAAAUUGAGGCAAACGACAUUAUAAAAGAAGCAAACGAAGAAACAUUGAAUUCAGACGAUACAAAACCGGAACCGGAAAUCGAUACUUUAUGGCCAUUUCCAUUCUCAGAGAAUCCGUCAGACUGGGAAAUGAAAGAAUUUCCAAAAGCCGUUUAUUUGGAGCUAUUUGACCCGUAUGACCCCUUCCUGACAGCAGAUACCCUACUCACAGACACUUUCCCUGGAUCCCUUGACUUGGACAUGAAAAGAUGGGACAACUAUCUUGAAUGUGACGAAAGCAACAACGGAAAUGGCUGUGAUGAAAAUCACGAUCUUCUUGACGCAUUCAAAACUGACCAAGCAGACGAUAUUUCUAUUAGCCCACUUCCGCUCAAAAAGACACUUUAUCGUCUGCAAAAUCUGCGCGCAGAGACAAGUGAAAAUGGUGACAUAAUCACUGGAGACAUUAUCACUGAAGUUAUUAUAACGGCAGAUGACAAUGAUGAUAAAGAAACUGUUGACGGCACUGAACUAUCCCGUGAACUGACAGCGCAACUUGAACGUGUAUUGAAUACAACAGAAUCAGUUGAUGAUGAUUUAAAGAAGGAUAUAAUAAAAUCAGUACUAGAAAGUAUACUGAACGACGAAGAUGAGGAUACAAAUCCAGCAACAGGGACACAAGAAUCAAAUGCUUCGGAGUUUGAAUGUGCCGAAACUUUACCGUCAAAUGAAAACAUUUUCCCCGAUAAAAUACAUCAUGAUGUUGACCAUCAAAGGAAACUUAUGAUGACAAAUGAUUCUAAAACCAAAGAAUGUGAAAAUAUUGAUUCACCGAUCACAGAACGGAAUUUAUACGAUUCCAUCCAAGUAAAUGACAAUGCUCAAUCUGAAAAGGAUCUGAAUGGUGAGAGUUUAAAAGACGAAGAUACUCCUCCUGAUUCUGAAAAUAACCAACAAGAUGCAAACAACUGCAAUAAAAACAACUCAGCUGAAUCUUAUCAAACUGAUCAUGAUGAGAAAACUAUUGAUGAGGAAAAUCAAGUGAAUAAACAGAAAGACCUAAAGACGAAUCAGAUAGAUGGAAUCAAGUACAGGGACAAACCAUCAAUCUCGUAUAAUACACGAUCCCGACCACGUGGUAAUAAAUCAAUUCGACAUCAAUGAGAAAGAUGAUGAUGUAGGCUGUCUAAAGUUUGUAUGAAGCCUAGCUAUAUGGUCCACUCAGAUCUGGUGCAGUGAAUUCACUCAUCAAUGCUUGGAUAUUCGACUCCAGUCUCUUAUAAGCUUGUCUGUGUGUCUACUCCAGUAGUUGCCAAAGAGUGUGUGAAACUAGUAGGACAAUUGAAUAUGAAGCCCAUGGAGUUAUUUUUUUUAUAUACUGGAUUAUGAUUAUUUUGUACAUCAAAUUUUGUUAUAUCAUGCAAAUAUAGAACUAUUUCUUAUGUGUUUAUAAAUAAAUUAAUAAUGAUAACUAAAGCUCUACUUUUGUAAUGCUUAUUGCUGCUACAUAUGAUUAGAG